CUGUCCCGGUUGCGACAGUCGCUUGGGCAAUAGUCGAGCGAGCGGAGCCUGCAGAGAGGCCGCAUAGACAUAUCGGUUGCCUCGAUAACGAUAACUCGUCGAACAAAGGGGCGAUUUGCAGCCAGACACCGGUUCGCUCGCAGGAUUUACCGGCGUAGAGGAUACCUUUUCUUCGCUCUGCAACAAAAUGGGACGUCCGAAGGCUGGCGCAAAGAAGGCUCCGCUCAAGUGCCCCGGCGGGCGCUGCUACGCCGACAGCGACAGCUUCAGCUCCGAGUCGGAUUGCUCGGAUUCGGACUGCAGCGACUGCUACGACUGCGGCCCGAAGAAGAAGCGCACCGCCAAGAAGACGGCCACCAAGUCCAAGGCCAAAAGCAAGAGCAGCAAGUCUAAGGGCAAGAAGAAGACCGCCUCCCGCCGCAAACCCGCCGACACGUCGGACAGCUGCAGCUGCAGUGACUGCGAGGACUACAGCAGCGACGAUUCGUUCGACUGCCCCCCGAAAAGAGGCGGCGGCCGCAAGUGCUCGGCUUGCUAGCUGCACAGUCACCGACCUGGUCGACGUCGCGAAACUCCAUCGGCGGAUCUUCGAACGCCAAGGAGACCACCGAAGGACGCAAGAGCUGGUAAUCUCGAGUCCGAAUGAGUUUUGCAAACGCGACGCGCGAUUUUCUUAAGCUUGUUUACCUCUAAAUUUUAUAGAUUCGCCAGAGUCGAUUUUGUUUUUAUUUCUUAGAUAUUCUAACGUAAUUGUCGAGUCGUGAACCAAUUGUCGAAGUGGACGUGAAAUUUGAUUGUAAGCGUUAUUGUUUAUAAGAUGGACUAGACCGCGUAAUAUGUAACUUAAUCUAACGUGCUCGAAUAAUAAAGGACAGUUGAGAGAAAA